UUUCAUUUGCCUUUUUGAAAAUUUACUAAAAUAUGAUAUUGAAAACAGACGUACCAAAAGCUGUUCGUUUUCCUGCCGAGUGGGAGCGCCAUAAACAGACCUGGAUAGGAUGGCCGGAAAGAUUAGAUAACUGGCGAGAUGGAGCAGGACCUGCUCAGAACACAUUCGUUAGAGUAAUUCAGUCCAUUUCUGAGUUUGAACCCGUGAACGUCCUCGUUUCCGCGAAACAGUGGAAACGGGUUCGCGCCUGUUUUAGGAGUAAUGAACGAGUGAGAGUUAUUGAAUUGUCUACUGAUGACUGUUGGUUGAGAGAUACAGGUCCUUUAAUGAUAAUGGCAAGACAAAGAGACACGCUUUGCAAAGUACAAGGUGUUGACUUUGCGUUUAACGCUUGGGGUGGUGUUACGGACGGAUGCUAUUCAAAGUGGGACCAGGAUUCCGUAGUUGCCUGGAAGAUAUUGGAUUUAGAACGCCUUAAGAGAUACAGUUCUGGUUUGGUUCUGGAAGGUGGAGCUAUAUCUUGUGACGGUGAAGGCACGUUAGUAACAACAGAAGAGUGUUUGUUGAAUCCCAAUAGAAAUCCAGGGUGGACCCGAACUAUGAUUGAAGAAGAGUUGAAUAAGUAUUUGGGUAUCGAUAAAGUAAUUUGGCUUCCAUAUGGAGUUUUUGGUGACUCCGAUACCAACGGGCACGUCGAUAACUUAUGUGUUUUUGCGGACUGUGGAAAAGUUGUGCUGCACUGGACGGAAGACCAAACAGAUCCUCAGUACAAAAGAUCACUCGAAGCACUUAAAGUUCUUGAGAGUAGUUGUGAUGCCAAGGGACGAAAGCUUUCUGUCUUCAAGUUAGUAGCACCUGGUCCCUUUUAUCGGGAGGAAUAUGAAAUUCGAGGACUUGUCUUUUCUGAUGAAGCAGUUGUUCGAAGAGUGGGAGAGCGCUUAGUCGCUUCAUAUGUCAAUUUCUAUUUUGUGAACGGUGCUGUGAUUGUACCAUCCUUUGGGGAGCCCUGGGACUCCAAUGCAGAUGAAGUUUUCAAACAUGUUUUUCCGCGGAGACAAAUACGAAGAGUAGCAGCUAGGGAGAUCAUAUUAGGAGGGGGUGGUAUUCAUUGUAUUACACAGCAGCAGCCGGAAGAGAGACUUACACCAUAAAAAGUGUAAACACUUCAACAGUUGGUGAUAUAGCUUGUCAUGUAUGAGGGCUCCUUCGCAGUUUUAUCAAGGUUUCUCUACGAGAGGUAACGAUGAGAAUGGCGACUACUCGAGCGUUGACUUUUAUUCUGAAAGAGACUGGCAUUCUUGUUUCGUUAGAAUAAAGGUAGCUAAUGAUAGGCAUUAUUGCAUGGGCAUUGUGGGUCAUUGAAGCUAUUGAAAGUUUCAACAAGAUACAAUUUUUCGUGUUGCUACACAACUAUAGUACUAGUUAUUACUGUUAUAACAGUUAGGCUUCAAGGAAGAAAAUUUGUUUACAAUGGACCAGAUAUAUGAGAAUAUAGAUGUAACACUUACACAGGGAAACUGUAGUUAGUCCUCCUAUCUCGUAGCGUGCAUUUUAAUGAGAAGCUCUUAUAAAACAUACAUUUUGUUA